AUGGCCUCUAACUACACAGACUGGCAGGGCCCUCCCCCUCCUUAUAUCAUCACGUUUGGUAGAGACUCUACCUGCACGCUGGACCUUUGUCCCCUUGAAUGGAGCGUUUACCGUUACCGCCCUAACCUAGCCGCCAACGUCAUCUUCGUGGUUGCAUUCGCCAUCAUCGGCAUUGUCCAUUGCUUCUUGGGAUUCCAUUGGAAGAGCCCGGGCUUCAUGACGGGGAUGCUGCUCGGCUGCAUCAGCUCCGUUAUUGGCUAUGUCGGGCGCAUCGUCUUGCGGACCGACCCGUUCGCCUUCGAAGUUUUCAUGAUCCAGAUCACCCCCGUCUUUUUCACGGCCUCCAUCUACGUGACCCUGUCCAAGACCAUCGUCCUGCUCGCUCCGGAGCUAUCCCGCUUCAGGCCCCAGCUGCUGUACUGGAUCUUUAUACCUGCCGAUAUCAUGUGCCUCGCUCUGCAAGCUGCGGGUGGCGCCAUGUCCGUCUUGGCGGACAACAGCCAGGCCGGCGUUGACAUAUCCCUGGCUGGGCUGAUCCUUCAAGUCGUUGUCAUCAUCGCCUUUGUGGCGGCCUUCGCCGAUUACAUGCUCCGCUACUGGCGCUCCGGAAAGAUGCGCACCUUCGGGUGGAGGCUAGGGGUAUUCUUUAUCGGACUCUCAGCUUCCAGCAUCUUCAUAUUGACUCGCUGCAUUUACCGCGUCUUUGAGCUGAAGGAUGGCUACGACGGUGAUCUCAUCACCCACGAGAUUCCUUUCAUCGUUCUGGAAGGCUGCCUGAUUGUGGAGUGA